UCCUCUAUCUCCCAACUCGAUCAUCCACCUGAUCACUUUCACUUUCAUUUCUACUCCUCACUUCACUUCAUUUUCCUAAUCCUUGCAUCCAUGGCCACCGCCGUCUCAACCUUUGGAACCGCCGUCAACCGUGCUCCCUUGAGUUUGAACGGAAGCAGUGGUGUCGCUGCGGUCCCAAGCUCAAGUUUCUUGGGCAGCAGCUUGAAGAAGAUCGUGAACUCAAGACACACGAUCAACAACAACAGGUUAUCAACUUUCAAAGUCUUGGCUGCAGAGAAAGAAAUCGAGGAAACCCAACAAACAGACAAGGACAGAUGGAGGGGUCUUGCAUACGAUAUGUCUGAUGAUCAACAAGACAUCACAAGAGGUAAGGGUAUGGUUGAUUCUCUCUUCCAAGCCCCUCAAGACGCAGGAACCCACUUUGCAGUCAUGAGUUCCUACGAGUACAUCAGCACUGGGCUUCGCCAAUACAACUUGGACAACAACAUGGGUGGAUUCUACAUUGCACCUGCUUUCAUGGACAAACUUGUGGUUCACAUUACCAAGAACUUCAUGACUUUGCCUAACAUCAAGGUUCCUUUGAUUCUUGGUGUCUGGGGAGGAAAAGGUCAAGGAAAAUCUUUCCAAUGUGAACUUGUGUUUGCCAAGAUGGGAAUCACACCUAUCAUGAUGAGUGCCGGAGAAUUGGAAAGUGGAAACGCCGGAGAACCAGCUAAGCUCAUCAGACAACGGUACCGUGAGGCUGCUGACAUCAUCAAGAAGGGGAAAAUGUGUGCCCUGUUCAUCAAUGAUCUUGAUGCAGGGGCAGGUAGAAUGGGUGGAACCACACAAUACACGGUCAACAACCAGAUGGUCAACGCUACCCUUAUGAACAUUGCUGAUAACCCAACCAAUGUCCAACUCCCUGGAAUGUACAACAAAGAAGAGAACCCCCGUGUCCCCAUUAUCGUCACAGGAAACGAUUUCUCCACAUUGUAUGCCCCACUUAUCCGUGAUGGACGUAUGGAAAAAUUCUACUGGGCUCCAACCAGAGAAGACCGGAUUGGAGUGUGUAUCGGUAUCUUCAGGACAGACAACAUCUCUGAGGAGGCCAUUACUAAACUUGUCGAUACUUUCCCAGGACAAUCCAUCGAUUUCUUUGGCGCGUUGAGGGCAAGAGUGUACGACGAUGAAGUGAGGAAGUGGAUUGGAGAUGUGGGAGUUGAGACCAUUGGAAAGAAGCUUGUGAACUCGAGGGAGGGACCCCCGACAUUUGAGCAACCCAAGAUGACACUCGAGAAGCUCCUUGAGUACGGGUGGAUGCUUGUCAAGGAACAAGAGAAUGUCAAGAGAGUCCAAUUGGCGGAUACCUAUUUGGCAUCCGCGGCUCUUGGAGAUGCUAACAAGGACGCCAUUGACAGCGGGGCAUUCUUUGGCAAAAAAGAAUAGAAAGCGUGUGUCGAUCGGGUGGGUGCUCAAAGGUGCACUACUCGUUGCAGCAUUUAUACAUUAAUUCCAAAGCCUUUUUAAGGGAAGAUUAUUAGUGUUUUAUUCUCCUGAGGAUGUCAAAUAUUAUGUGUUUUUUACAUCUAUUUCUGUGGAUUUCUUUACUCAUGUGUUUCUGUAAAUUUUUGUUUCCUGGUAGAAAAAUUCGCUUUGGUUUCA